GUGCUGCCUAUAGGCUCCUACAGUUGAAACGCCAACACCAGUGUGAGGAUGGCUAGGCCUCUGGAGCAGGCGGUGGCUGCCAUUGUGUGCACCUUCCGGGAGUAUGCGGGGCGCUGCGGGGACAAGCACAAGCUCUGCCAGGCAGAGCUCAAGGAGCUGCUGCAGAAGGAGCUGCCCACCUGGACCCCGACGGAGUUUCGGGAGUGUGACUACAAUAAGUUCAUGAGUGUUCUGGACACCAACAAGGACUGUGAGGUGGACUUCGUGGAGUACGUGCGCUCGCUUGCCUGCCUCUGCACCUACUGCCACGAUUACUUCAAGGACUGUGCCCCCGAGCCUCCCUGCUCCCAGUAGCUUCUUCUCCGGCGCUGCCUGCAGGGGUCUGCUCAAAUCCGCUCCAUCUCUGCCCUGAGGCAGACCUGGGCAUGUCACCCACACCCUUUCCCCUCUUUCCUGCACCCUUUCCAUUGGGGGUCUCCCAGGUUUGCCCCUGAUAUCUUAACCCAUUUUGCCCAUGGCGAGGGGACCUGUUCCCAGGAUCACAGCUAGUGGCAUGUAGAGCAGCCACUCGCUGUCUCCCUACAGUGGCCUGAGAUGAGCCGAGGUGGGGAUCUGCUUUGAGGCUGUCCAGGCCUGGGAGAGUGAAUGAAACCACGACAGAACAGACCUCCUA